GUCGCGCAGUUUCGUCCACGCAAAGUCAAAUCGUCGCUGUCCUUGCAACGCCGUUUUCUUUCAGCACCAUGGAGAGCGGCCGCGUGCUGCUCCUCGCUGCGCUCGGCGCGUCUCUCCUCGUGGUCGCGUGCAGCGCUCAGCUCAGCACCGAGAUGAGAGACACCCGCGCCUCCUCUUGGGAUAUCGCUUCGGUAAAGGACUCAAGCAGCCUCCACGAGAAAGAGUUGCUGGAGGCUCUGCAGGAGGUCCUCGAGAAACUGCAGAGCAAGAGAAUCCCCACCUGGGAGAAGAAAUUCGGACAAGUCGCUUUGUGCGGCGCUGGAGACCAGUGCGCUGUGAGGAAGGGAGCGCGCAUCGGCAAGCUCUGCGACUGCCCUCGCAGCUACGCCUGUAACUCGUUCCUGCUCAGGUGCCUGUGAGCAGCGCGAGCAAAGCAGCAACCAGCGCCAGACCAAGAUCGCGUCGCCUCUGCACACGCAGCUGAACCGGCGACUCAACUCACCAACUCGCUACUCGCAUCCACAAAAAAACCCGGUCGCCCAUAGCGUUACAUAAUAAUGAUACAUAAUCUAAGACCCUUUACUCCUUAUCACGCUUCUCUAGCAUCCACCCAACUCGACCCCUCUCAAUUCACGGCACGGAUCUUGCCUGCCAAACCUCGGUGCAGUUUUGACAGUUGUCAUGUUGAUGAAUCGUUCUUUAUCGAUUGUUACACUCAUAAAAAAACAAUUGUGCGUUUUGGGAUCGAUUAUAUAUGUAUAAUUCAAAGUGUAUGCAUAUUACUCGCUAUCUUUAGGCUCCUAAAAUGGACGAGGUAAAAGACACGAGACACAGAUCGUGAACGAGAGGUGUCAUCUCUUUGAAUAAUAUACAAAAAAAAUCAAACACCGAGGACUGGACCGUGACGGUCAGGCUAGAAUCCAAAAAAGUAAUGGCUCCCCUCACCCCCCAUCCAAUAGCUCAAGACCUCGCCAACCCGUGCAAGUGCUGGGAAUAGUCACAAGUAACUGAACGUCAAUAACGUAGAACGUCUAUAUUUAAUCGUCUCUUUGUUGAACGUUUACCGCGAACAUUCUGUAUUCGUUAUGUAAAUAAUAAAGUAUAUUCUGUUCCUUGG